AAUAUUUAUAUGGCAUUCCAGUUUUUUCUACCUUUUUAUUAUCCUAAAGAAGUAGGAAGAGCCAAAUUAUUUUCUCUCUGCUAUUUAAAUCAUAGUGCUUUGUUGAGUCAGGGUAAUUGUCUAUCAGUCCAAUCAUUUUGACAGUGACACUGUCGAAGAUGAUGUUUACCUUUUCUAAAUAAACUGUAUCCUUAUUUUUACAAUAAUUAUCUGAUACUCUUAAGACAUAUAAAAUGAAAUUUGUGUAUAUUCACCAUAUUUGUAGUAUAACAAGAAAUUUGAGUUUAUUAACAGAAAUUUAAAGGUAAUGAACUGUAAUUCAGAUUCCUGUCAACUGGAAAUGUUUAUGAAUUGUUUUUGCUGCCUCUCUAGUACACUGAUCUUUUACCAAUAUAGUGUUUUUCCUUAAUGAAGUUUCUAAAUAAAAUAAUGUUCAGGAUAACUCAUCAUUUCUUUGUUUUAAAAAGCAUAGUACUAAAUAGCCAGAGGUUUGAUUUCUUAGGAGUCAGCUGUUAGUGGUUCUAGUCUCAGUGAUCACCAGCGCCACCAACCUAUAAUAUUGUGGAUACAGAAUUUUGUUCACCUGGGAAGGGCGUUAUAGAAAACUGCUACUACUUAGAGAAAAGUAAGUAAAAAUACAUGUCCUGAUUAGCUUUUGAAGAUAUGAUUAAAGACUGUAUUGGUUUUAAGCAAUGUCUGUGAAAGGUAAAACUAAAUAAAAUGUUAGGUCUAUUUAACAGAUAACUGAAAGAAUGGAGAUAGAUAUAAGGAGAACUUUUGGACAAUAAUGAUUAGAUCUUAGAAUAUGUUUCCCAGAAGGAUGUGAAGGGGGGAGGGGGAGGGUGUGUGUGUGUUUGUGUUUGGGGAUUGAACCCAGGGCUUUACACAUGCUCUACCACUGAGCUUCACCCUCAGCCCCCACGGGAAUAUUGUAAAGAAUUUAACAUAGGACAUUGUUAUGGGUUAUUCUGGCAGUGCUCAAAGUGGUAGGAGAACAAAUAAUAUGGACUUCAUUUUGUCAGGACUGUCUAAUGAAAGUUAGGGAGAAUGUCAUUUUUUCUAACAAUCAUUAAUAUUGGAAUCUCAUUUUCAAACAUUGAUUUUACAAGUGAUCUCAUGUAAAUCACUCCUUUUUUGUACCACUACAAAAUAGGUACAUUUAAAAUUACCUAUUUAUGUUGAGUGUGGCUCAGCUCUCAGAAGGCUAGCCUGGAGUACAUAGCAAGGCCCUAUCUUAAAAAAAUAAUAAUAAUAACCUAGUAUGUAACACUUAAUUUGCAGACUGUUCUUAUAUUACUAUAUUUUCUUGAUUCUAAGAUAUUAUCAGUUAUAAAACUCAUCCUUUGACUUGAGAUCAACUUUUUUCCCUUUUUUGGAAACAUCAGAUGCUUUCCUUGAAAGAGGAGAAAAACUUGAUCUGACGAUCAUUCUGAAUUACUUUUGGCUAUAAGUAUUGCAGCCACAUGCAGCUUGUCUUCACCUAGCACUUUUAGGAUUGGUAGCAUAAUUCUGAGGCACAUAUAGGAAUUACUUUGGCUAGAUUUCCAUUUUGUACUUAAUUAAAUUAGUUUUUUCUAAUUAUAUUACAUAGAAGUUAAAUAAUUUUUCUUGAAAAUCAUCCAGAAGACUUAACAGACAGAUAUUUGGUAUCUGCUCAGGAUUAAUGCUGGUAAAUCUUCACUAAAGAGAAAUCAUCUACACAUCGCAUAUAGUUCUGCAUACAUAAUAACUUUUUGUUCUGAUGCUGCAUUAUACUGGUAUUUAUAAAGACCUUUUAAGAGGUAAUUAGGGAUUUUAAAAUUAAGUUAAAAUUAUACUGUAUACAGUUUUAUCAAUGCAGACAACUAAAAUCACAGAUUAAAAAGGUAUAUUCUUAGUCAUGGAUACAAUACACAUGGUUAUAAUGCCAGCAAUUAUAACAUUUUAAGUAAUGUCUGGCAAGAUUCUUUUUAUUUCUUUCAUUUUAUUCUGCUAAGAAUGGAAUAGGGGAUAUUUGAAAGGACCACAUGCUACAACAUAGGCUACAACAAAUGCCACCAACACCAAACUUCCCAUUAAGGUUUAAAGAAGAUUUGAUUGUUUCCAUGCAGCACCCCAAGUUCUUCAUGGAGGGUUGUGGAGUCUGUCAGUACAAGACAGUUCCUCAGUGCUUUCAUGGGAAACCAUCCUUCAGGAGGAGGACAUCCUCUUGCAGCUCAAGAGUAUCCUGUAGCUCCAUGUCUUUUCAGCUUUGAUGUGAGUGUGGGCAGGGCUUGUAUCAAGUGGGCUGUGAACUAUGCUGCAUUCCUUCCUAGUCUUAUCUUCCCAGAAGACCCAGGCAGCUGUGCUCACUUCUGCUUGUGUUUAUUCUCCAGCUCCUUAUGUUGCUGUGUUCCCUGGUUCUUUUUCUUUUCUUUCUUUCUUUCUCUAUCUAUCUAUCUGUCUAUUUACUUAUUUUUUUUUUGGUGGUACAGGGGUUUGAACUCUAGGCCUCAUGCUUGCUAGGUAGGUGCUCUACUGUUUGAGCCACUCCACCAGCCCUUCCCUGGUCCUUCUUCAUCUGCCACUCUGAAAUGACCUCUAACUUAAGGUGGCUGCCACACCUCGCAGCCCUCAGUUUUUUUGGCUACAACGUAAGUGACUUGGCAUUUCUACUUGCCAUCCCCAGCCUUCUUAUAGAGACUUUGUACCACCUUCUCUUGUUCUUGGAUGUCCACUGUAUUCACUGCAACUUCUGCCUUCUUGGUUUUGUUCCAGUUUCCUCAGCAUCCUUUGUUUCUUUCUGGACUUGACCUAAUUUUCAAGUAAUGCUUCACCUUCUUCUUGCCAGUAGGCAAUGCUGUAUCUUGUAUGGCUUCUCUUCCUGCACAAAUCCCUCAUCUUCAUUAAAUGUGUGCUGGUUGAAGGAAUUAUCCAUGAGGUUUCUCUUAGACUUUUUGGAAGAUGCAAUAACUGCACUUAGAGAAAAGUGUUCAAGGUCCAGAAUCCUGUGUUCUCCAUAGGCACUGCCUCAAUCCCAUCAUUAUCUGACUUAGGUCCAUGGCUUCACUUCUUACCAUGGGAUGGCUAUCAUUUCUCUUCAUCCUUACUUCUACUGCUAACACUGUCUGACCUGUCACCUCUAACUACCCUCUCAGGGUCAGUGGCCAUUCCUGUCCUCUUAGGCGCUUCAUCUGGGCACUUGGAGAGGUAUCCCCUCAAUCUUCAAGCUGGAGGGUGGGAGUGAUAAUGGUGGUGGUAGCUUCAGCUGCUGCUGCUGCACCAUCUGAAGGCUCUCCUAGGACAGUUUGACCCAACUUAUCCCCAGAGCUUUAUCAGCAUCAUUCUUAAUUCCAUAAAGCUAUGCUUUGAGAAUCACAGGUUGACUUGUUCUUCCUGCAGCACUGCCUUUUCCUCCAGUGAUACCACCAGAGGAUUCUCUUCCCCCUCCUCCUUUUUAUCAUCUUUUGCUUAAGCAAAUCACACACACAUUUGGUCCUUCAGAUCCUGAUGUUUUCCCACUACUGCCAGCUCCUCCAGGUCCAGGUCACUGUCCAGAGAAGUAUCAUUGUCCUCCUGAGGUUCUUUUGAUAUCUACCAUAACACUUUAUUUGAAAAAUAUGUGACAAAAAUAAACCUUUUAGUGCUGAGGAAAUAGUUUCCUUUUCCUCUCAAAAACUGUAUAAGGAAUUCAGAGUAGACAAUGGAUAUUGUUUUUGUUAACAUAAAGAAUUUGAGUGCUUGAGACUUAAGGUGACACAAUAUAUGAUAGAUCUGGGAUUCUAAACCAGUUUUUCUAGACUUCAGAUGUUUAUACUAUCUACUAUAAAAAUGUAGAAAAGUAGACCUUUUCAAUAAUAAACCACUUAGUUAUAGGGUAAUUUCAAUUUAAUAAAAUUCAUUUAUUCAACACAUUUUUAUGAAAUAUUAUUAUAUGCUAGAAUUUUUGCUAAAUGAUGGUAUAAGACAAUAAACAAGAUAUGGUCUAAUGUCCUCAUGAAACCAACAGUGUUGGGAAAGACUGAAACUAACAUUAGUUAUGACUAAGAUUAGUGUCAAAGGAAGAGUUGUAAGGAGAUAUGAGAAGCUAUAAUAGGUACACCUAAUAUGUUCUGGAAUGAUAGGGGAGUAUUGAUGGUAAAGUCAAGGAAAGACAAGAGAAGUAACUUAAGCUCAGAUGGGAAGAAUCAGCAUGAGUUAGCAAAGUCUAGGCACUGGGAGAAGAGUUAGCUAGAACAUUAGUAGGCAACAGAAAAAUAAAAGAACCUGCAAAAAUAAAAGAAUGAACUUAAAGGACUCCAGUGUGACUGAGCAUUGAGAAAAAGAAGAAAUAAAGAUGGGGAAUACACCAAACAUUACAAUUCUUAUUCAGGAUUUUUCCCUUUAUCCUAAGGGUAUUUGGGAAAUGAUGGAAAGGCUUUAAGGAGUAUGCCAUGAUUAAAUUUCCAUUUAGAAAACUUGAAUCUGACUGCAGUAUGUAGAAGCAAUGUUGUUAGAAGCUGGUUUUGUAGACUAGAUUGGGAAUCAUAGGUAGAGUUAAAGAUGAGGGAAUAAACGUGAAAAUUGGGAUGUAAACAAAGCCUGGUAUUUGAAGAAAUAUAAAACACGUAUUGUUAUUCUAUCUAUAGAAUAUGAUGGUAAGAUCAUUUCUAAAACCCUUUCAGUAGCUUGUGUAAUGUUAGGAAGUGAUUGUAUUAUAGAAUACAAUUUAGAAAGCCUAGUUGCUUAAAAAUGGUUUGUGAGUUGAGCGAAUUCAUUUUAUUAUUUGACUCCAUUAAAUAGAAUAGAAAGAACUUAGUUUUUAAGAGAAUAUGGUAUAUUAAUUUAUAUGUUAAAGUACCUAAGCAAUUUUGUACAUACACAAUGUGUAACAUACAGUGGAUGUCAUCACUUUGUUUACACCAUUUAUUAAUAAAUAUCAGAUUUGAAUAGUGACUAAGAUUUUCCUAGUCUUGCUUGAUUCACUGAAACUUAGAUGAGAUCUUUUAAACUAUUUUGCCCCAAAUAACAUUCUAUGCAAAAUAUCUUUAUCCAUUAUUAUAGGAAUUUAUUAUUUGAUCACUGGGUCUAGAAAUAGACUCUUAGUUAAACUCCAGAGGAUUCAGGAGAAAAACAUUUUGAAAGCAUAAUUCCCUGGAUUUCUUAUGAACUCAUAUAGUUUCUUAACUAACAGUAUUUCUUGAAUGUAUCUAUGGCUAUUACUAGUCUGCUUUCUCAAGGGUAAUAUGAUCAAAUCCUAUAAAGUCCUUGGCUAUGAAGAAUUAUGCCAUUUAGGGAAAUAAUACAGAGACUGAUGAUCUAGAGAGUUUGUGCUCAUGUAAAUGGAGAAGGUGACAUCUAAUAUUCAUCUGAUUUUGUCCAUGUGAGUAUUCAGGCUGAUUUGCCAGCACUUUGAGAAGGAUCCAAAAACUAUAGAUUUUCUGUGAAUUAGUUGGUUAACUAAUUCAAAUGUCUUUAUCACUGUACAAGGUACACUAUGCCUAUGGAAUAGUGUGUCUCUCUCAAAAUACUAUUUAAAGAUAAGAGUUUUAUAGCCUCUCCUAACACACUAUUUAAAGAUGAGAUCAAAUUUUUGUCUAGGUAGAAUAAAUUGAGAAAAGGAACAGAGGAAGGGGAGGAGGAAAGGAGGUUUUUAAAAAGUACAAAACUAGUUACAUGUUUAUCUUUUUAGUUCAAGUUCAAGGAUCAACUUAACUUUCCCCAGAAUAGUUAUCAUGUGCUUCAGGGCAUACUUCUGGGAACUUCAACUAUCAAAAAACGCAUGACUGGGAACUUAGAGUUGGAUGAGAAUAUGUAGCCAGUAAAGUCUGUUGGUUCUUACACAGUGUGAGUAAAGUAAAUAUGGCAGGAAAAAGAGACAGUUGAUAUCAGAGCAAAGUCAAACUCUAAGAAUAUAGUAAUCUGAGUACAACAUGGGCCCAUGAAAGUAUUAUUUUCUGAAGGUAUACUGUGACUUUUACAUUGAUAAAAAAAAGGGGUCAAAUUGUUUGGUCCAUUCACAAUUUUUAAAUACUCCCUUCCCAAUGACACAUACAAUCAAUGCACAAUCAUUGUAGGACAUCUGAAAACCUAGAAAAAAUAGCAGUGUUUUUUUUUAAGUCAAGAAUAAGAUAAGAUAGAUUAUAAAUUUUUCUAUAAGUAAUUAAAUAGACCUUAGCAAUUCUUACUUUCCUGACAGCUAAUUAUUUUCCAAAUUGAUCUAUUUUUGGCUUAAAUAAAAAGGGUAUUGUUUGGUUCACAUAAAAAAAGUAUCAGAAGUAAAACACACAUUAGGAUUACUUAUUCCCGUGGCUCGAUGAUUUUUAUUAACAUUUUAAUCAUAUAAGGUAAUGGGACUUAUUUUGACAUUUUCAUACAUACAUAUAAUAUACCUUGAUCAUAUUCAUCCCCUCUAUUGCCUCCUCUUAUUUCCCCUAUUCCUUUUCCCUCUCCUCCUUCUCUCUUUACUUUUAUGUCCCUUUUUUCCCCCUAAAUUCUACUUGUGAGCAAUACUUGCUUUCUAUGUCUGGCUUUUUUCAUGGGCUAGAUUUGACUUUCUACUGUAUGCUUUCUAUUCUGUAGUGUCUGUCCCCCAACACUGUAGUUACAGAAUGUCUACUAGUUGUAUUAGGAUUGUGCAGUUUCCUCUUUCAAAUCCAAAGGGAAGAGAACUAAAUUCUGUUGAUUUUCUCAUGAGCAGUAUAGCUUCUUUUCUCAAAGCAGUUCCUGUUCACCCUUCUCCCAAGAUUGCUUCUUAUUGGCCUAAAUUUGUUAGUGCAAAAUAUACCUAAGCAAAUCAUUGGCAAAGGGGAUGAGUUUACCAUAUUGGAUUAGACUCCCAGUCAGUCUGCUUCCCUUCAGGCACAUCAACUACUAGGAGAGAUAUAGGUAAAGAAAUGAAAUCUUCAGUCAUUAGAAGGAGGGCAGCAUUGGACAGGUACUCAGCAUAGUUCACUAUAGUUAUAUUAUUCUGCAUUAUCUGAAAUUUUUACCUAUGUGAAACACCACCUUUCCCUAUCAAGCCUAUGAGUAUGAAGUGAAGUGAGUCUCUGAUGAAUUUACUCUGUCUCCAUUCCAGCAAUUUUAUUAGCAAAGCUUCCUCAGCUUCUGAAUUAAAGACACUAUAUAGACACUUCUGUAUAUAAUAAACUUUAUAAACCACAAAUAAAGCAAGCAGUCUGCAUUGUUGAGGAAAAUGCAGAUUCUUAAAUAAGUAUUAUUUUGAAAAAAAUGCACAUUCUCAGACUAAGGGUGUAGCCUGGGGUAGUGUCUGCUUAGCAAGUGGUGGUCCCAAGAUUUGAUCCCUAGCACACCAAAAAUAAAAAGUAAAAUUAAAAAUCCUACAGGUGUGUACUCUCCUGCUCUUCUCUUCAAACAAUUUUUGUAGUAACCUCUGUAGUGUAAACAGUAUGGUAUUGUCUGAUAAUAAAGGUGAAUUUUAGUUUAUGGGAUCAUUCAUAAAGCAAAAAUGAUAUCUUAUUUUUAAAGUUUUAAAAAUCUCUGUAGGGAAAAUGCUAAUUAUUUAGUUUAAGUAACUUAAGUCAUUUGACUAAAAGAGUUAACCAGUUGACCAUUUACUUCAAUUAUUUCAGAGUUUAGAUUUCUGGGUAUUAGUCACAUAUUUUAGUAUCUGGAUCAUACAGUCAUUACAAACAAAUCUAGGCCAAAUGGUCUAUGCUUCUCAUUUGCCAGCUUAGUUCUUUGACUACACUCUGACUUUUCAUUAUUUGGUUCUCUUUCAACUAAACCUUAUUUACUUCUGUUCACAGAAUACUGUGUUAAUUCUUGGUGUAGGAUGGGUCUUCUUGUGCAUUGACCCUCCAAUCAAGGUAACAAAGCAAAUUAAAGACUGCUUGUGGCUUCCGAGUUUUAGAAUUGUUGCUGUACAAAAGGUCACACAUGUUAAAUUACCUGCUACAGUGUUAAUUGUGUGAAACUUUGUUUAAAAUCCUGAAGAGACAUUUUUCACUCUUCUACCAUAACUUUUUCUUUUUUAAUUCUGAGGAUUAAGCCAGGGCCCGGUUGAAUGCUGAUCAAGUGCUUUACCACUGAGUUGAACCCCUAGCCUAGAGUUUAAAGAACUAACCUAUGUGCAAUUUGGUAUUGAGAGCCUCAAAACUCUUAAAUGUAAAUGCCUAAGUAAAUUUAAAACAUAAAGCUAGGCUACUUUUUCAUAUUAGAUGGUAUAGUGUUUUUAAUUAAGAAGUCUUGUUAUAUAAAGAUAAGGCAAAAGAAAGGGAAAGAGGGGAAUAAAUUGGAGCAAUAAAAAUUUCACCUUCAUUUAUAAGUGCUAUAGGAGCUAAAAUUCCAUUUUGAAAUACUUUCUUAACUUUCAAAGGGAUACAUUUUACCAUCAGCUUGUGUUGAUAGUUCAUAAUUUUCCUUUUCUUAAAAUUAAGAACUUUAUAUCUUUUAGAAUAUUUAGAUUGAUUACCACUAAAUUUGUGAUGCCUGAUUUUGCCCGUUGCAUCUGAUUUGGAAAGUAUAAAAGUAUAAAAAGCAUAGAACUCCCCAAAUGUUUCUAGAUAAAUUAAUACUUUAUUCAUCUAGCAUUAUUGGACCUUUGAUUAAUAUAUUUUCCAGAUACUCAUUUUCUUUGAUUGCUAGAACAUUUUACCUCAGCCAUUCUUACAAAAUAUAUUAGAAAGUUUUACGUAUUUAAAUGAGUUGGGAUUGUUGAUGAAAAUUUGUGAAUAUAAUCUCUUCAAGGGCUACUGAAGUAUGUCAGAAGGCCAUUUGCCCUUUCAAAAAACAAUUCAGUAGUUAUUGUUGUUUUGAGUUUUGUAAAUAGUGCCUUGUUUGGCAAAGCUUGUUAUUAAUUCAUAGAGCUACUCAUGUGCAGAGAAGUAUAAAGUAAGACAAAGAAGGUCUUGAUAGGCUUGAAGAGCUCUUCAGUGAAUGAAGUACUUGCAUUUCAUGAUGUUUGCUUUUAUAUCAGUUAGCACCUCCCUUCUGCCAUGUAUGCCCUUCUCCCCCCCACUUUAAACUCAUCUUUAAUAUGCUCUUUGGCAGUGUUCCAGAUGGUGUAAGAAGGAUGAGCUUAGACUUUGGAGCUAGACAAACCAUGAUAGGAAUUAUAACUGUGUCAUUUAAUAGUUCUGGGCCUUGAGCAAGUUCAUAGCCGUUCAAUGGGUAUGUUAUAACUAUCUUGCAGGAUUGAGUGAGGGUUAAAAAAUGAGUCUUUAAUUUAUGAGGUAUUUCAACAAAUGUUAGUUCCCUCUCCUUAUGCUUUAAGAUAACUGACUCACACACUUUGGAAAUGGCAUUUUAGCAUACUGUUGUAAGGAUUAGUUCAGUAUCACUAAAGUGUGGUAGCUUUUAAGAUACCUUUAAUUUUUCAGAAAUGUUAUGAAAUAAAAUAUUACUAAUUUGUUGACCAUAUGAAUGAAAAUGUGCUGGACUGUUUUAAAAGGCUGAAAGUACAAAUUCAGAUACAGGAAAAAUUUUAAUGUGGAAAAUCGAUUUUCUUUAGUUAAUAAGUAUAAUGAUAACAGAGAAACCAAGUAUCCUUUGACAUCUGGGGGGACUGAUUCAGGGACCCUUACAGAUAGCAAAAUCCAUGAGUGCUCAGAACCCUUUAUAUGAAUUGGUAUAGUAUUUUCAUAUAACUUGCUUAAUCUUUCUGUAUACCUUAAAUAAUCUCUAGACUAUAAUACCUAAUACAAUGUAAAUAGUUGAUGUGCUGUAUUGUUUAGGGAAUAAUGAAAAGAAAAACAUAUUUAGUACAGAUACAACAAGCAGAGACCUAAUUACAUAGUACAUGUCAGCAAGAACAUCAUUUUUUCAUGCAUAUUUGGAACACGUAAGUACCAAGAACUGUUUACAGUUAAAAAAAACAAAGCCCAGAGUUCUCAAGGCCAUUUUGCAUCUACUAGGACCACAGCAGUGCUGUACUCUUACAGUGAGUAUCAGUAACCUGAAACAAUACUGCGUUAGGUGCUCUAGUAAAUUGCAUAUCUAUAAUAGGCUUUAUGUUUUGUUUCUGGUGUGUGUGUGUGUGUGUGUGUGUGUGUGGUUUUUUUUUUUGUUUAUUUUUUUAUGGUAGUACUGGGGAUUGAACUCAGAGGCUUAUAAGUUUAACCCAGGCCUAUAAUUCCUUUGCUUUUAGUUUGUUUUUCAGAUAAGGUCUCAUGCUAAUUUUACCUAGGCUAGCCUCCAACCACUAGAACUGAGAUCCUCCAGCCUCUAUCUCCUGAGUAAGUGGGAUUACAAAUGUGCGCCACCAUGCUCUGCCUAUGUAAUAUAAUAGGUUUUAACACAUUUGUAUCAGAUUAUAUGAUACAAUUCAUUUAAUUAUAUCCUAAAUACAUAUCUAGUACCACGGUGUUGAUGGUAUGGGGGUGGGGUAGGGAACCAAAGCAAGGUCUCAACAUUUAUGGAGUUAUUUCACAGUAAUAUAAGCCAAUUGUUUGGGGAGAUCCAUAUUUGUAAUAUAAUGAAAGCCUACAAAAGUUCUCUGUUAUAUAUUCUUUAAAAAUGGAUCAUCUUGCUUCCAAAGGAAAGAAAUUAGUCAUUGUUCAUUAUUGAAAUUUGACCAUAAAUACUUAAUAGGUUCAUUGGAACUGAAUAUAGCAAAGCUUUCAUGUUGGUCCCUGUUGCUGGAUAGGCUGUUUGUGACUGUUUUACUUAUUUUGCAUUGUUAAGUGUGUUAAAAUACAUUUGCAUGUCCUAUUAAAUAUAAGGAACAUAUUUGAUCUUUAAACCCUAGAUUAUCAUCAUCUAUAGGCAUUCUGUGUAUUAAACUAUCUUGCUUUUAUUUCUUCUUCUGUAACAUAGUUAAGGCCUGUUGAUGAAAAAGAAAAGGCAGCUGUGAGUUGUUCGUCCCAAGUAACAAAUGAGUAUUAAUUAACACGAGAGUGAAGUUUAUGCUUCCCCACUUCCAGGUCUCUACUUGCAUGGUCCGCCACCUUUGCUGCCAUGGUACUCCUUUCCCUCUCUGAGCUCUCUGUGACCAACUCUAAGAACACUUUUGGCAGCUUCUACUGUCUGCCAUUCCUUCAUCAAGAUUGUAGCGGGACAAAAUAGGAAGUUUCCAGAAAAGAAAUUUUCAGUUUAAAUUCUCAACUGGCAAUUGGCCGAAAACUCCCAUGUGAAGACGUGAACAUCCAAGUUUCAUUUUGUGAAUGGCUACUGUCUGCUUGACGUAGGAAAGCACUAUCAAGAAAGGCUAAUGGAGUGACUAGCUGUCAAAAGGAAAUCAAUGAUUGCAUCUCCGGGACCAGUGUUAUCUCAGCAUUUAACCCAAGACUCAGUCUACUCCAGCCAUCAUGAAACUGAACCUUAUUCUCAACUAAGAGAGGAAAUAGCAAAAAUACCUUGUUUAUAUCAUGGAAGAUAAACCCAAAUCAAAGUAGAGAAAAUCUUAAACUUCCAGUACAAGAAGAUUAUAAAGUGGUCUCUCCUGCAACCAAGAAAGAUCUUCAGAUCUUUUUCAGUGUUCUUGGAGGUGGGGUGAGAGCUUGAUCAGUUUGUGUCAGCACCUUGUUCUCUAAAGUUACAAAUUAUAACACUGUGGUAGAAACAAACUCAGAUUCAGAUGAUGAAGACAAACUUCAUAUUGUGGAAGAAGAAAGUGUUACAGAUGCAGCCGAUUGUGAAGGUGGUGUGCCAGAAGAUGACCUGCCUACAGACCACACAGUGUUACCAGGAAGCAGUGAACAAGAAGGGAAUGCUAAGAACUGCUGGGAAGAUGAUGGAAAGGAAGGGCAAGGAAUCCUGGGGCCUGAAGCUCAGGCAGGUGAUGCAGGAUGCACAGUAAAAGAUGACGAAUGCGACUCAGAUGCAGAAAAUGAGCAAAACCACGAUCCUAAUGUUGAAGAGUUCCUUCAGCAACAAGACACUGCUGUCAUCUACCCUGAGGCGCCAGAAGAAGACCAGAGGCAGGGCACGCCGGAAGCCAGUGGGCAUGACGAAAAUGGAACACCAGACGCGUUUUCCCAAUUACUUACCUGCCCAUAUUGUGAUAGAGGCUAUAAACGCUUUACCUCUCUGAAAGAACACAUUAAAUAUCGCCAUGAAAAAAAUGAAGAUAACUUCAGUUGCUCCCUGUGCAGUUACACUUUUGCAUACCGAACCCAGCUUGAACGUCACAUGACGUCACAUAAGUCAGGAAGAGAUCAAAGACAUGUGACACAGUCUGGGGGUAACCGUAAAUUCAAGUGCACUGAAUGUGGAAAGGCUUUCAAAUACAAACACCACCUAAAAGAGCACUUAAGAAUUCACAGUGGAGAGAAGCCAUAUGAAUGCCCAAACUGCAAGAAACGUUUUUCCCAUUCUGGUUCCUAUAGCUCACAUAUAAGCAGUAAGAAAUGUAUCAGCUUGAUGCCUGUGAAUGGGCGACCAAGAACAGGACUCAAGACAUCUCAGUGUUCCUCACCAUCUCUUUCGGCAUCACCAGGCAGUCCCACACGACCACAGAUACGGCAAAAGAUAGAGAAUAAACCCCUGCAAGAACAACUUUCUGUAAACCAAAUUAAAACUGAACCUGUGGAUUAUGAGUUCAAACCCAUAGUGGUUGCUUCAGGAAUCAACUGUUCGACCCCUUUGCAAAAUGGGGUUUUUAGUGGUGGUGGCCCAUUACAGGCAACCAGUUCUCCUCAGGGUGUGGUGCAAGCUGUUGUUCUGCCAACAGUUGGUUUGGUGUCUCCCAUAAGUAUCAAUUUAAGUGAUAUUCAGAAUGUACUUAAAGUGGCAGUAGACAGUAAUGUAAUAAGGCAAGUUUUGGAGAAUAAUCAAGCCAAUCUUGCAUCCAAAGAACAAGAAACAAUCAGUGCUUCAUCCAUACAACAAGGUGGCCAUUCUGUCAUUUCAGCCAUCAGUCUUCCUUUGGUUGAUCAAGAUGGAACAACCAAAAUUAUCAUCAACUACAGUCUUGAGCAGCCUAGCCAACUUCAAGUUGUUCCUCAAAAUUUAAAAAAAGAAAGUCCAGUUCCUACAAGCAGUUGCAAAAGUGAAAAGUUACCAGAAGAUCUUACUGUUAAGUCUGAGAAGGACAAAAGCUUUGAAGAGGGAGCAAAUGAUAGCACUUGCCUUCUAUGCGAUGAUUGUCCAGGCGAUCUUAAUGCACUUCCAGAAUUAAAGCACUAUGACCUAAAGCAGCCUGCUCAGCCUCCUCCACUCCUGGCCCCAGAAGCUGAGAAGCCUGAGUCCUCUGUUGCAUCAGGUACUGGAGAUGGCGAUUUGUCUCCCAGUCAGCCACCUUUAAAGAACCUCUUAUCACUCCUAAAAGCCUACUAUGCUCUAAAUGCACAACCAAGUGCAGAAGAGCUCUCAAAAAUUGCUGAUUCUGUAAACCUACCACUGGAUGUAGUUAAAAAGUGGUUUGAAAAGAUGCAAGCUGGACAGAUUGCAGUGCAGUCUUCUGAACCAUCUUCCCCUGAACCAGGCAAAAUAAAUACACCUGCAAAGAAUGAUGAACAGCCUCAAUCUACAAAUACAAAUGAACCCCAGGACAGCACAAGUCUACAAAGUCCUCUGAAGAUGUCUAACUCCCCGGUUUUACCAGUGGGAUCAACUGUCAAUGGUUCCAGAAGUAGUACGCCAUCCCCAUCACCUCUUAACCUUUCCUCAGCCAGAAACACACAGGGUUAUUCGUACCCAGCAGAGGGUACACAAGAAGAGCCACAAGUAGAACCUCUUGAUCUUUCACUACCAAAGCAGCAGGGAGAGUUAUUGGAAAGGUCAACUAUCACUAGUGUUUACCAGAACAGUGUUUAUUCUGUCCAAGAAGAACCCUUGAACUUGUCUUGUGCAAAAAAGGAGCCACAAAAAGACAAUUGUGUUACAGACUCAGAACCAGUUGUAAAUGUAAUCCCAAGUGCCAACCCCAUAAACAUUGCUAUACCUACAGUCACUGCCCAGUUACCCACAAUUGUGGCCAUCGCUGACCAGAACAGUGUUCCAUGCUUACGAGCACUCGCUACCAAUAAGCAGACUAUUCUAAUUCCCCAGGUGGCUUAUACAUACUCGACUACAGUCAGCCCUGCAGUCCAGGAACCACCCUUGAAAGUGAUCCAGCCAAAUGGAAAUCAGGAUGAAAGGCAAGACACUAGCUCAGAAGGAGUAUCAAAUGUAGAGGAUCAGAAUGACUCUGAUUCUACACCACCCAAAAAGAAGAUGCGGAAAACAGAAAAUGGAAUGUAUGCUUGUGAUUUGUGUGAUAAAAUAUUUCAGAAGAGCAGUUCAUUAUUGAGACACAAAUAUGAACACACAGGUAAAAGACCUCAUGAGUGUGGAAUCUGUAAAAAGGCAUUUAAACAUAAACAUCAUUUGAUAGAACACAUGCGGUUACAUUCUGGAGAAAAGCCCUAUCAAUGUGACAAGUGUGGAAAGCGCUUCUCACACUCUGGAUCUUAUUCUCAACACAUGAAUCACCGCUACUCCUACUGCAAGAGAGAAGCAGAAGAACGAGAUAGCACAGAGCAGGAAGAGGCAGGACCAGAAGCCCUGACAAAUGAGCAUGUUGAUGCCAGGGCAUCUCCCUCACAGGUCGACUCAGAUGAGAGAGAGAGUUUGACAAGGGAAGAGGAUGAAGACAGUGAAAAAGAGGAAGAAGAAGAGGAGGAUAAAGAAAUGGAAGAAUUGCAGGAAGAAAAGGAAUGUGAAAAACCACAAGGGGAUGAGGAAGAGGAGGAGGAAGAAGAGGUGGAAGAAGAAGAGGUAGAAGAGGCAGAGAAUGAGGGAGAAGAAGCAAAAACUGCAGAUCCAAUGAAGGAUGAUGGAGCUGUAAGUCAAGCAAGCAGCUUAGAACAAAAAGUAAGCGAGAACGUUGAGCAAGUUGCUGAAGAAAAAACAAAUGAAGCCUAAUCAUUUUCUAGAAGGAAAAUAAAUUCUAAUUGGUCAUGAAGUUUGUUCUAUAUUAUCCAUGCUUUUCAUGGAAACACAGUACCCUAUACUGUGAUUCCUGUCACUACUGUGUAAAGUCAGAACUAAAAAAAUACAAAAUAUAAAAAAAAAAAACACUCACAAAUAAAAAUCCAGGUGUGCCUGAACCUCAGAGCUAGUAAUUUUUCAUGCAAUUUUCAAGGUUAGGAACAAGUUUAUAACAUGAAGCAGAUUAGAAAACCUUAAUGACUCAGAAAGGAAAGAUGAACAGGUUAAAGGAAAAUGAUAAUUAAAUAAGCAUCUGACACUCUUUCAUUUUAUCAGUAUUAUCACUUUUAUGUUGGUUCAUUCUUAAGCUGUACAAUUGGGAGGGAUUUUAUAAUUUUUUAUUGGUAAACAUAUGCUAAAUCUGCUUCAGUAUUUUAUUAUGUUUUUAAAAUGUGAGAAAUUCUGCACUACAAAAUUCCCUUCACAGAGAAGUAUAAUGCAGUUCCAAACCAUGCUAGCUACCUUUUAUAAAUUCAAUCUAGAAGGUAGUAAUUUCUAAUAUUUAGAUGUCCUAUUAGAACAUAUUAUCAUUUAAAGUGUAUUGUUAGCCUUAAGGAAGCAGCCGAUAGAAGAACUGAAGUUUUUACUCAUGUAAUUUAAAAUGGAGUUUAAAAGAUUGUCAUUGAGUUCUGAUUGCAGGGACUAACAGUGUUGCUACUGGCAAGGACAAGCAAAGUCAUCAGAAUCAGUGUUCGUGAUUGUGUUUGAGUAUGUGGUAGCAAAUAUGAAGGAUAUGGUGUGAAACUUGUAUCUCCUUUGGCCUUAAGCAAGACCUGAAUGCUGUAAGUGCCAUUUCUCAGUAUUUUCAAGGCUCUGAUCCGCCUUCAUUCAGUGUGUGGCCUACAAUAACUAGCAUUUGUUGAUUUGUUCAUUGUAUCAAAAUACCCAAAUAAAACUUAAAACCACUGACUCUGUCAGAGAAACUGAAACACUGGGACAUUUCAUCCUUUAAUUCCUCAGUAUUCAUUUUGUGUUAAUUGACUUUCAGAAUUUCUCUACAGAAACAAAAGGGAAAUUUUCUAAUCUGCUUUAUCCAUGUACUUGCAUUUCAGACAUGGACAUGCCAUUUUGUUAUUUGGCUCAUUACUGUUUCCAAAUGUUAGUUAUUAUGGACCCAAUUUAUUAACAACAUUAGCUGAUUUUUACCUAUCAGUAUUAUUUUAUUUCUUUUAGUUUAUAGAUCUGUGCAACAUUUUUGUACUGUAUGUCUUCAAACCUGGCAGUAUUAAUACCCUUCUUACUGACAUAUGUACUUUUAGUUUUAGAAAACUUUUAUAUUUAUGUGUCUUAUUUUUAUAUUUCUUUAUUUAUUACACAGUGUAGUGUAUAAUACUGUAGUUUGUAUUAAUACAAUAAUAUAUUUUAGUAUGAAAAUUUGGAAAGUUGAUAAGAUUUAAAGUAGAGAUGCAAUUGGUUCUCUUGCAUUGAGAUUUGAUUUAACAGUGUUAUGUUAACAUUUAUACUUGCCUUGGACUGUAGAACAGAAUUUAAAUGGGAAUGUAUUAGUUUUACAACUACAAUCAAGUCAUUUUACCUUUACCCAGUUUUUAAUAUAAAACUUAAAUUUUGAAAUUCACUGUGUGACUAAUAGCAUGAUGCUCUGCAGUUUUAUUAAGAGAUUUAGCCUAACCACAAAACUCUCAUUUCCUUAGCAAGCCAAAUUAGGAUUAUCUUAUAUAAGCAGUGUUGGGAACAAUGUUUAACAUUUUGUGCCAAUUUGUUCCUGUAUUCAUGUAUGUAAGUUACCAAUCUGACUCUUCAUUUUUAAGUUCCUUGUUACACCAUGGUCAUUUUCUAGUUUUUUACCAGACUUCCCCAUCUCACAAUAAAAUGCAUCAACAAGCCUGACCUGCUGUCUUUCUUUUAAUCAUUAUCAAGAUUUUCUUUUGAAAAUUCUCUGUGAAAUGGGAUGUUGCACUGUUAUCCUGCACUUUAUUCAUCUUGAGCUAAGUUUGGGUAACACUAAAUGUUUUAGACAGUCACCACUAAAUUGUAAAUUUUUUUAUGGUUAUAUAUUUCUGAAGAGUUCAAAAUUGACAGCUGAAGUCAUCCUCCAGUUCCAUGACUUCUUAUCCUUAGGUUACUCAGAAAUGUCUGUGUUUAGAUGCCUUUCUUCAGUACUCCACAGCUCUUUGUACCUUUCUCAUCACAGCUUUUGUACUAUUAUUUAUAUUCCUUUCCCCUAAGACUAAGGGCAUGUCUGUCAGUCAUCUGCACAUGCCCACUGCCCAACAGAGUGUCUAGCACUAGUUGGUACAACAAAUAUUUGUUGAAAGAAAAUAUAAUUUGCAUGUUUACACAUCUUAGCCAUACUUUCACUAUUUGUAUUGCUUCUAAUCCCAGAAUAUGUACUUUA